UAUAUGAAGGUCUCAAAAGUUUGGCUCAGUCAAAAAUUAAAGAAGUAGAUGAAAAAGGUUUUUUUUCUGAAGUAUUUGAUAUUGUUACUUCAGAAGAAGGGUUAGAUGGUCGGAUAAUAUUAAUGAAGUCACUUAAAUUCUCUCAAGUGAAAUUUACGAUUGUUUCUGAAGAAACAACUUACUCACAAACACCACCUCCACCAAAUUUACCAAACGCCUUUGAAAAACUUAUGAUCACUGAAUAUAGACCAUCUUUAAUUCAAUCUACAUUGAAUUCGAAAGUGGCACCUACCUCUAUUUUAGUAGUUACAAAAAUUCGUGAUUAUAUCAAAUGUCAUUCAUGUUCAAAAAUACGCUAUUUGUAUUCAGAUACACAGUUAACUUUAGAAGAAACUGAAGCUCUUAAAAUAGCUAAAGAAUCAUUUGAUUAUUCUUAUGGUGAUCUAUUCUUUCCAGAAGAACAUCCAUUAGCAACUAAAAUCUGGGUUCAUAGAAGUUUAAUUAAUAUUCCUCAAGAAUUGAAGGAUAGAUUUAAAUUAGUAUAUCCUAUGUGUGAAGGGUGUCAAUUGGCAGAAAAAACCUUUUUUAGUCGUAUGGAAAACAAAGUAAAUGCAAAGUUAAAUAAACGUCAAAAAACAUCUGUCAAAUAA